AUUACUCUCGGCAUCUGUUACUGAGAGCGAUACUGCCAACCUCGGACCCCUCGGCCCAUAUGCUUGUCGGUGCGCUACCCUUCGUCUUGAGGUGAUAUCACUCGCUAAAUUAGAGCGAAUCUCUGCUCUAGGGUCACAGCGAGCCCAGCACCCCUGGUCAGGCAGAUAGAGAGAUAGAGGGGAGUGAGAGAAGACAUGAAGCGAAUCGACUCUAAUCUUUAUGCUGCUUGUAUAUAAAGGAUUUGUUUUCGAUUCCAGGGUUACCGAGAACUCUCCGGAUGAGUCAAGAUUGGCUCUAAUCACAUCAAUUACACGGGUUUUGCUCAGAGCUCCUGUUUCGUGAGCUGGGGCAUCAAACUUUUCAAGUUGGCUUUUUGUGAAGUUGCACUCAAGCGUAAGGCCACGAGAAUGUCCGAUUUUUCAAGGAUUUUAAACUUUUUGGUUUACGCUACUAUUUUAGCGUGUGUGAAAUGUGGUCGUCAAGGUAGACAGUUUGUUGUCAGGGAGACAAAAUAUGGAACAGUCCGUGGUUUUGUUGAUCAUGUACAUUCAAACCACAAAGUUGAAAAAUAUCUCGGUGUUCCUUUUGCAUCUCCGCCGGUUGGAAACCUUAGAUUUGAGUUUCCGAUUCCCCCUCCACACUGGGGAGAGAUCAACGCACUGGAGUUCCCCCCUGCUUGUCCCCAACCUAAAGUCGGAGUGAGUUACAUUGAAUACCUCGUCCCUGGCUUCAACAGAACAAAUGAGGACUGUUUAUACUUAAACAUAUAUGUUCCGAGGCACAGCCACCACCAGAAGAACAGGAAGCCAUACCCUAUCAUGGUGUAUAUUCACGGAGGGUCCUACCAGACUGGCAUGGGGUCAAUGCUAGACGGUGCACCACUGGCCACACAUGAAGUCAUCGUCAUCACUUUAAAUUACAGACUGGGCCCACUCGGAUUCCUGUCUGCUGCGGAUUCUGAAAUACCCGGGAAUUUUGGAAUGCUUGACCAAAUACAAGGUUUAAAGUGGAUCAAGGAGAACAUAGCAGUAUUUGGUGGUGAUCCAGAGCGAAUUACUAUAGACGGUCACAGCGCCGGCGGAUGCAGUGUUGGUCUCCUGAUGUUUUCUCCUUUAGCUAGAGGUCUGUUUCAAGGAGUAAUUCAGCAAAGUGGCUCCCCGUUUGCCCACUGGGCGUUGACGAGGCACAGGAGAGGACCCGACUUUUACUUUAAGUACUUUUCAGCUGCAUUAGGGUGUGCAGCGAACAGCACGAAAUUAAUCAAAAAGUGCCUCAAAAGCCUACCGUCCGAACAGAUAGAGAGGAUGAUAUAUGAGAAGAUUGAGAUGCCCCUGUCUCUUGUCCCCCCAUUCCGGCCAGUGGUCGAUGGUUACUUCCUGCCGGACACGCCAGAAAGAUUAGCGGUCAAGGGUCCAGUGAACGCUAAGUACUUCCUGACGGGCGCCACUCAGGAUGAGGGGGUUAUUGCGGCAAUACCUUUCGUAAAGGAGCACGGAACGGGAAAACAUGGCUCUCAAAAGUUAUUGGCAGUGAUGAACUGCUUCCGGGGUGAUUUACCUGAAGUAGAAGGAAUUGUGGAUUCCGUUAUGGAGCACUAUACUCAGUGGCCGUUUGACAGAGGGGAAGAAUACAUCAGACAGAGAUUCUCAGAGAUUGUUGGCGACUAUUUCAUCGUGGCCCCCAUACACAAAGCAGCUAGCGUCCUCUCCCGACACAACCUUACAGUCUUCGUCUACAACUACGAGUACAAAUCCGUCUUCGACAAAUGGCAAGCUGCAUAUUCAACAGGUGUCAUCCAUGGCGCUGAGCUGUUCUACCUGUCAGGAUACCCCCUCGUUAAGCACCCGAACUUCCGGUAUGAUGAGUCCGACAAGACAAUGGCCAGGAUGCUCCUCAUGUUCUGGGCGAACUUCGUCAAAAAUGGCCUACCAUCCCUUGUCCCACUGAAAGAGUUCCACAUGGCCCGCUUCACUGAAGACCAACCUCUCUUCACCCGCUUCGUAUCCUACGAAGAUGGCCCGACGGUCAUCGUUGACCACCACUUCAAGACAGAGAAGCUGUCCUUCUGGAACAAUGGCGUUCAGGAGCUGUACCGACAGCAGUACAGAAACUACCUCGUGGACGGCGAGAACGUCGUCCGUCCCGGAGACUACAUCAUUACCCAUACCUCCAAUAGCUGGAUUCUGAUAGCCGCAUGUAUCGGACUGUCUGUUCUUACCGUCCUGUUGUCCGUGUGCUACUGCCAGAUGAGACGUCAGGUCAGCAUCCUCAUCAGACAGAACAGUGUCUCCAGCGGCGAGAGGAUGCUGUAGUAGGACUAUACUAUGUGUGAUGGGCUCCGGGGUCACGUAGAGGAAGAGGAAGAGGAAGAGCAAGAACGAACAUGAGUCGAGGACAGUGACAGUUUUGUUUUAGAGUCGACAUGGUCAUUCCCUGGGGAAUUGUAAUUCAGGGCAAUUCAAUGCAAUUGGCUGAUGACCAUAUGUCAUGGACUGGCAUCACGUGUUAUCCGUCAUCCUAACAUUUCACGUCAUGUGUCUGAGAAGAAGACAUUUCUAUGAAUAUGUUAUUGGCGAGAAAUGAUGUAGUCGCUCUAUGUCCACAGAUACGUACAAUUGGAUAACGUCACCUAUGAAGAUGAAUAUAUUUUUACUCUGGUGACAGAAACGCUGACAGACACACGAACCAAUGAUAUGUAUCAUGGUUGUAGCAACCUGUGUUAACCACUGAACAGGGAUAUAUGUAACUAUAUGUACCUCCUUGAUAUUGACCUGAAAUGUACAACGCAUAUGAUAGGGGUUGCCGUGCAACCCUACUGUCAUUCUAAGUUGUCAACGCUGUUGUGCACGUUUGACUUGUGUGAUGAAGCUUAUUAUUCGGACCUAGUUACCCCCGGAGCCCAAUCUUCUGGAGUCUGUGAUGUUAAUGUCGGAUCGCUGUAUCCAUUCCCCAUUUUAUACACAUACAUAUCCACACGUGUGUUCGCACAUGGUGCAUUCCAGGGUGAUAUUUCUGAUGUGUUCAUUGACGAGCGGUAUGUGGGUGCGAAAGAUGAUACAGAUUGGAUAUGGACAUAUGUACAUAGCACAUUAUUUGUUGACUGUUGUUAAGGAAUGUACAUAUCAUUACCUUGUCAAUAUCAAGUAUAUUUCAGAUAUAUUUAAUGUGCAUUGUUUGUGAAAUUCGGUUUAAUAUAAUGAAGUAAAAUAUACAUGUAAUUAUUUUCAAUGAAGGACGAUUGCAUGGAAGGUGGUCUUGAAAGAAUUGGAUUGUAUAUUUGAACAUAAAUAUGGGCCCUUAUGAAUAUAAAAAUUUAAAGUGUGAGUUAAGGGUGGAAAGAAAUAAGGGACAUCUUUUUUUAUUGUUUUCGUGUCAAUGCACAUGAACUAUCAACUGUAGAGAAGCAAUACGUUCAGUGCAUUUCUGUUGAAAAUCAGUAUGCCAGGUCUCAUCAAUCACAGUAUAGUUUAAUAAAACGAAAUAUUCAAUCACUAAAGCAAUAAAUUAACAUUUUGUUUUAAAAUCAGCAAAUAUUUAACGUUUUUCGUCCUUAAAUGAUUUUUCAAUAACUUAUAACUUGUGAUUAUGAUUAAAAUGAAUGCACAUUUUUUUCUGAAAGUAUGUGGAUGGUAGAAAUGACAGUUAACAAGCAAUCUACAAGCAUGAGGACCCAUGUAAGACUCACAAUGUUAUUGUAUAUGGUUGGUGUUGUAAAUUUCAGAGUGUCUAUAUUUCUUCUAGAUGUACGUGUACAGUCGUAAUCCAAGGUUUUGUAAGUUAAAUAUUUAUACUUUUAUAUAUUGCAUAUCAUAUGGAUCUAUUUCGUUAAGUGGUGACAAUUCGUGUUACAUCAAGUUUUGUGCUUUUAUUUAUAACGGACAGUUCAAAAAUGGUCGUUGGGUUAAAUUAAUGCAGGAGAUUAGCGAUAGGAGGGCUGUUGAAAAGAUAAACAUGAACUAUAGAUAUAUAGAAAGUAUUCAUAUGAAAAUCAUGUUCAAUCGUUGAUCACAUAAGUUAACGGUUAUCGAUCACUUGUAGGACCAGUCCGAGCAUGUGACAUAGGUAAUCUUCGUGCGUGUUCAUGCAACGAAGAUUGAAAUAUUUGAAGCUUGCCAAGUAUAUUUCCAUCUGUAAUCAGGGCGACACCGUCAUUGCCGCUCAGUUGUAUUCCAGAAAACUGUGAUAGUGGGUUCGAAUCCCGGUUCGCCCGGACUUUGCUACGGGACUUGUCAGCACAUUGCCCGUGCUCAAAGUAAAUGUCUAAGACCUGCAUCACUUCGAGCUCCACUCACACAUCAAACUGGAAUGCCACCAUAUAACUGAAAUACUGUUCAAAGCCUCGUUAAUCGUUGAAGUUCAUGUUUCAGCUACAGAGACAUCAAAAAGAUAUACUGUAAUGUACAUUUCCACAGCCUUCUCUUGGUGUUUCACUGAAAUUCAUAUACUGCCACUUGUAGGCUUUAGUACUUGAGGGGCGGUCGGGUAGCCUAGUGGUUAAAGCGUUCGCUCGUCACGCCGAAGACCCGGGUUCGAUUCCCGACAUGGGUACAAUGUGUGAAGCCCAUUUCUGGUGUCCCCCGCCAUGAUAUUGCUGGAAUAUUGCUAAAAGCGGCGUAAAACCAUACUCACUCACUCACUCACUUAAGUACUUGAAAUAGAAAGAGAAUUUUACAUUGGAUGUUCAAAUUGUCAAAUUUAGCUACGAUACAAUUUACUGUUGUUAUCAUCCCGAGGUCAAACGAACGUGAACUUAUUUUUGUCUCGAAAUGUGCUGCAGUAUUCAUUUAUGUGACGGGUACCCAUAUCCCGAGGUAUAUACUAUAUGAUAUGUACCCUCGUCCUACAUGAUACAUCUGUGGGGCGGCUAUCUUGACCUUGACGUAUCUGUGUGACGGGUACGCUGUCUCUAUGUAAUAACAAAUGUGAUUGGUACCCUUAUCAUAAUGUUCAUACCUAUGUGACAGCUACCGUUAUCUAGAAGAAUAUACAUGUACCUAUGUCAUGGUCACCCUGUUCUGGAAGUACAUACUUAUUUGACCGGUACCCUUAUCUCGAAGUACAUACCACGUGACGGGUACCCUCAUCUCAAAGUACAUACCACGUGACGGGUACCCUCAUCUCAAAGUGCAUACCACGUGACGGGUACCACCAUCUCGAAGUGCAUACCACGUGACGGGUACCCUCAUCUCAAAGUACAUACCACGUGACGGGUACUCUCAUCUAUAAGUACAUACCAAGUGACGGGUACCCUCAUCUCGAAGUGCAUACCACGUGACGGGUACCCUCAACGCGAAGUACAUACCACGUGACGGGUACCCUCAUCUCGAAGUACAUACCACGUAACGGGUACCCUCACCUCAAAGUACAUACAACGUGACGGGUACGCUCAUCUCGAAGUGCAUACCACGUGACGGGUACCCUCAUCUCAAAGUACAUACCACGUGACGGGUACCCUCAUCUCGAAGUGCAUACCACGUGACGGGUACCCUCAUCUCAAAGUACAUACUACGUGACGGGUACCCUCAUCUCGAAGUACAUACCACGUGACGGGUACUCUCAUCUCGAAGUACAUCCCACGUGACGGGUACCCUAAUCUCGAAGUACAUACCACGUGACGGGUACUCUCAUCUCGAAGUGCAUACCACGUGACGGGUACCCUCAUCGCGAAGUACAUACCACGUGACGGGUACCCUCAUCUCGAAGU